AUUUUGCUCAAAACUCAAAAUUUCACCUGAAAAUUUUCACUCGGUGAAAAACCGAGAAUUACAUGUAAACCAAGAAAACUGCUCAUCUGUUUUUCAGGUGACCACUGGUAAUCAAAAGUUCAAAACCAUUUGAUAAUGGAAAAGAAGUCCAACCAUGGGGAAUUGGGGAUGGGAGGAAAGUGACCUCUUGCACUUUUGCACCAUUGCAUUCCAUUAGACAUGCGGCCAUGCCUCUGCCACAGAAACCAAGUGCCAAUUUGUACGGCGGAAUGGCUGAUGGGGAAAUUGGGUCAGUCGCCAGAAUGUCUCCAUCUGCCACAGAAACCCAAGUGAAAUGCCAGCUCUGCCACAAUCAAGAAAACAAAAUCAAGUCGUUUUUCAGUGGCUCCAACGAGCUUCCAGUUGAGUGGAAGUUCUUCGCCGAUUUUCGGUGGGCAAAACACGUUCCCUAUCCUUCCAGUUGCUCCGGGCUUUCCGUGUCACUCGCUUGCACGUCGACAAUGGCGCCCACGGAGCCCGCCGUGGCAGCUACCGCGCCGGUGAAAACACGGCCGCGCCCGGCGUCGCACUUCGUCCUCGUCCCUUUCGUGGCGCAGGGCCACAUCAUCCCGCUGGUCGACCUCGCGCGCAUCCUCGCGGAGCGCGGCGCGCGCGCGACCGUCGUCACCACGCCGCUCAACGCCGCGCGGCUGCGCGGCGCCGCCGAGCACGCCGCGCGCGCCGGGCUGCCCCUCGAGCUCGUGGAGCUGCCCUUCCCGCCGGCGGGCUCCGGCCUGCCACACGACUGCCAGAACGCCGACAUGAUCGCCGACAACUACCAGUUCCUGCCUUUCUUCCUCGCGCUGCGCGAGCUCGCCGGCCCGUUCGACGCAUACGUGCGCGCGCUGGCGCCGCGCCCGAGCUGCAUCAUCUCCGACUGGUGCAACCCGUGGACGGCCGGCGUGGCUACGAGCCUCGGCAUCCCGCGGCUGUUCUUCCAUGGGCCGUCCUGCUUCUUCUCCCUCUGCGAACUCAUGGCCGCCAACCAUGGACUCUACGAGCGGAUAGCCACCGCCGGCGACGAAGACAAGCACGCCGUGCCGGGAGUGCCCGUGCCGGUGACGGUGACGAAAGCUAACGUCCCUGGUUUCUUAAUCCAUCCAUUUCUCGAGGAGCUGCGCGCAGAGGCCAUGGAGGCCAUGUGCACGGCCGACGGCGUGGUCGUGAACACGUUCUCGGACCUCGAGGGCAAGUUCCUCGCGUGCUACGAGGCGGAGCUGGGCAAGCCGGUGUGGGCGCUCGGUCCGCUCUGCCUCAGCAACCGGGACGCGCAGGCCACGGCGUCGCGCGGCACGAUGGCCGCCGCCGCCGCCCAGAAGGCUAUCACGGCGUGGCUGGACGAGCAGGCCCCCGGCUCCGUCGUGUACGUCAGCUUCGGCAGCAUCGCGCGCAAGCUUCCCAAGCAGCUGUUCGAGGUCGGCCACGGCCUUGAGGACUCCGGCGAGCCGUUCCUCUGGGUGGUGAAGGAGCGCGAGGCGGCGGCGCCGGAGGUGCGGGAGUGGCUGGACGCCCUGGAGGCGCGCACGGCGGGGCGCGGCCUCGUGGUGCGCGGGUGGGCGCCGCAGCUCGCCGUCCUGUCGCACCGCGCCGUCGGCGGCUUCGUCACCCACUGCGGCUGGAACUCGCUCCUCGAGGCAAUCGCCCAUGGCGUGCCGGUCGUGACGUGGCCGCACUUCUCGGACCAGUUCUUCAAUGAGCAGCUGGCCGUGGACGUGCUCGGCGUAGGCGUGCCCAUCGGCGUGACGGCGCCCGUGAUGAUAUUCGACGACGAGACCGUGCCGGUGGCGCAGGAGGACGUCGUGCGGGCGGUGGCGGCGCUGAUGGGCGGAGGGAAGGAGGCCGACGAGAGGAGGAAGAAGGCCAAGGAAUACGGGGAGAAAGCUCGCAAGGCCAUGGAGCAAGGAGGGUCCUCGUACGAAAACCUGACACGGUUCGUACACAGCUUCACGCGGAGUGAAGCCAAAGAACACUAGUGGUGUUCCUAGGUGUUUUAAACUUCGGAAACAAUUCAACGAUUGUGUUGUAAGUUUGUAAAAUGUAACACUUUCUAUAUGGUUCCGUUCCAAUUUUUGGACGGGAUCACCCCAUUCAGUGUUUGGUUGAGGUCGAUCCUCAUUUUUUUGUUUUGUUGGGAGAAUGAAAGGAUGGGACGUUAGCAAUACUAUUUCACUGGUACUAUGUGUCG